GUCCAGCUGGGACAGACUGCCGUCGCAAUGUCCUCCCAGCCCUCCUCACCAAAGCAACAGCGCAAGCAGUCAACACCGAGAGUGGUGUCUUCCCCGCUACGUCCAACAACCCCUCCAUCUGCUACAUCAUCCCGGCCAACUUCCCCGCGCCAGCAGCCGCCCCAUUCACUACCUGUUCCUCAUGGCUCAGCUCCAAAGUCGAGGGCUAGGGACCUACUAAGAAAGCACUAUGGUCUGGGUGUUGGACCCCCUCCUCCGCUGCCUGGUAACCAAAACGAUCCGAUGAAUAUGGAUUCCGUUGCAUUUGACGCAAAGUCCUAUUAUGACCAGUUGAUCACGACAUCAACUCUACCCACCUUAAUAAAGCGAGAGUUUGAGCUGCUAUCAGAAAUACGACAGCUCGACAGCGAACGACAAUCACUCGUAUAUAAUCAUCACCACGAACUUAUCGCCGCACGAGAUACAAUAGCAGUGAUGAAGUCUCAGGCGGAAGCACUCGAGGGUGACCUAGACAUGCUGAAGGCGGCAUUUUCAGACAUCUCGCGUUUGGCAACAGAAGUUUCUAUCAACAGGCCCACCAGUACGGAAGCAAACGCGGCUCCACAAUGAUGUGCUCUUGUUGGGACUCAUGAUUUGCCUUCGGGAAGUGAAUUCCAACCUUGACCCUGCAACACAUGGACAAGAUAUCACUUGCAUUAUUUACCAUUACAUCUUGAAUGUUUACCUUUAUCCAGAGCAUCAAGCUCCAUACAUAUUUAUAUGGAUACACUCAAAUAUGACGUAUCAUGCCCGAGG